AUGUUUCAAACGUCGUCUGCUGGUGGAGGACUAUCUGCUAGUCUAGCUUCACAUCACACAGAAACAUGCAAUGUUGUCAUUUUUGGAGAAACAGGCGCUGGUAAAAGCUCCUUGAUCAAUUUAGUCACUAAGACGCAAAGUGCGCAAACAUCCUGCGACGCUAUGGGAUGUACUACUAAAACCAAUGUGUACGAGUCGGACGUCUUGAUUCAGAACAAGGUCUUGAAAGUAAAGCUUUUCGAUACGGUCGGUCUUGAUGAGGACUCUGAAGGAGUAGUCCCCGCUGAGGAAGCUCGAAGAAUUUUGAAGAAGCUCCUUCGAAGUCUUAUGGAGCGAGGUGACGUUCAUCUCAUCAUGUACUGUGUGCGGGGGGCGAGAGAGAGAAGGGCACUCCACCGCAACUACAAGUUAAUCCACUCCCAAGUUAGGGAGAGAAUUCCGAUUGUCCUUGUCGUUACGGGUCUGGAAGACCAACAACCAGAAAUGGACGACUGGUGGAAGAAUAACGAGGAAUUCAUGUCAGACCUCGGGAUGACCUUUACUGGUCACGCAUGUGUCACCACGCUCCCUAUCGACGAAGAUGCAGAGGAUAGGCUCAAGCAACGCCACGACCAGUCAUACUACGCUGUCUGCCAACUCAUCGAGCACUGUCGCUCGAAAAGGGCUCAAACUGCACCAUCAGAUGUUGGCCAAACGCUUCAUAGCACUCCAAAAAUAGGUGGAAGGACCAAGCAUAAAAUCAUCGUACUCUUUGGUGAGACAGGGGUAGGCAAAAGCUCGCUCGUCAAUCUCAUGGCGGGAAAGGAGAUAGCGCGCACAUCUCCUGACGCGCAACGCUGUACGCUGCACUGGACAGAGCACAUCAUCGGCUUCGGCGGCGAGUCUUACAAGGUCUUUGAUACUAUUGGACUCGAGGAACCGCAGCUGGGAAUCAAACAGUACCUCGAGUCUAUCGAGAAUGCCUAUCGGCUCGUCAAGGAGUUGGAUAGACAAGGCGGCAUUGAUCUGCUUCUCUUCUGCAUUCGCGCCGGCAGAGUUACUGCUACACUUCAGAGCAAUUACCGACUCUUUCACGAGUUCCUCUGCGAGAAGAAGGUCCCCAUUGUCCUUGUGAUCACGCACCUUGAGCGGGAGCAAACAAUGGAGGAUUGGUGGAAGCGACAGCAGAGCACCUUCCAUCAAAAUAUGAUCCACGCUGCUGGUCAUGCGUGCAUCAUCGCUGCUGAUAGGGAUGGCAAAUAUCAACACCUUUAUGAAGAAUCGCGCGUCAUAAUCCGCAACCUUGUUAAGGAGCACACCUCUGACAAUCAAAAGCAAGCACGGAUAGGAGGGGCCAGCCUCUUCAUAUCGUUGAUGCGUAAGCUGAAAGAGCUACUUCUGGGGAGCCCGCGUGUGAGAAGGACGGAUCUUGUCUCUCGCAUCACGAAGCGUUGCGGUAUAUCUCUUGAAGUCGCAACACACUUGGCUGAUAUGAUCAAGCAAGACGUACGCAUCUGUAGCUCGACUGGCCCUUUUCGAUGA